UAAAAAACUAAAAAUUAAAGUCGCAGCAAUUCAAAACAAUUGAACAGUCAACUUGGUAACAACAUAAACUUGAUGAGUUCGUAUUUAAGUCAGAUUAUCGAAAUAAUAAAAUGAGAGAAAUUGUUCAUAUACAAGCUGGCCAAUGUGGAAAUCAAAUAGGGGCAAAAUUCUGGGAAGUUAUUUCGGACGAACAUGGAAUUGACCCUACUGGAACUUACCAUGGAGAUUCUGAUCUUCAGUUAGAACGUAUAAAUGUAUAUUAUAAUGAGGCAACUGGAGGAAAAUAUGUACCAAGGGCAGUAUUAGUUGACUUAGAACCAGGUACUAUGGACUCAGUGAGAUCCGGACCUUUUGGUCAAAUUUUCAGACCGGAUAAUUUUGUUUUUGGCCAAAGUGGAGCAGGAAAUAAUUGGGCUAAGGGUCAUUAUACUGAAGGAGCUGAAUUAGUUGAUUCCGUUUUGGAUGUUGUAAGAAAAGAAGCAGAAGGCUGUGACUGUAUGCAAGGAUUUCAGUUAACGCACUCUUUGGGAGGUGGUACUGGUUCCGGACUGGGUACUUUAUUAAUAUCAAAAAUAAGGGAAGAAUAUCCUGAUCGAAUAAUGAACACUUUUUCAGUAGUUCCUUCACCCAAAGUAUCAGAUACAGUUGUAGAACCGUAUAACGCUACUUUAUCAGUACAUCAACUGGUAGAAAAUACAGAUGAAACUUAUUGUAUUGAUAAUGAGGCCCUUUAUGAUAUAUGCUUUAGGACAUUAAAACUUACAACUCCUACUUAUGGUGACUUAAAUCAUUUAGUCUCGUCUACAAUGUCAGGCGUUACAACUUGUCUACGGUUUCCUGGUCAACUGAAUUCAGAUUUAAGAAAAUUAGCUGUAAAUAUGGUUCCUUUUCCUCGCCUUCAUUUUUUUAUGCCUGGAUUUGCCCCGUUAACCUCGCGAGGGAGUCAACAAUACAGGGCUUUAACGGUUCCAGAAUUGGUUUUGCAGAUGUUUGACGCAAAAAAUAUGAUGGCAGCUUGUGAUCCUCGACACGGAAGGUAUUUGACUGUAGCUGCUAUUUUUAGAGGCAGAAUGUCGAUGAAAGAAGUUGAUGAGCAGAUGCUUAACAUACAAAAUAAAAAUAGUAGCUAUUUUGUAGAAUGGAUACCGAAUAAUGUAAAAACGGCAGUUUGCGAUAUUCCUCCCCGAGGGCUGAAAAUGUCAUCUACGUUUAUAGGGAACUCCACAUGCAUUCAAGAACUAUUCAAAAGAAUUUCUGAACAAUUUACUGCCAUGUUUAGAAGAAAAGCAUUUUUGCAUUGGUACACAGGUGAAGGAAUGGAUGAAAUGGAAUUUACAGAGGCUGAAAGUAAUAUGAAUGAUUUAGUGUCAGAGUAUCAACAAUAUCAAGACGCAACAGCCGAGGAAGAAGGUGAAUUCGAAGAAGAGGAAGAAGGAGAUGAAGGAGAGAACUAAAUUUUACAUUGUGUCCUUAAAUGAAUAUUAACAAUGUCUACCGAUAAUUUGUAUCUUGACAAUAAAUAAACAUGUUAACAAAAUAUUCUAAUAGAAAAUAAAUGUGUUUUCAUAUUUUAAA